UUGCGUUUACAGCAUGGUAGUAGCCGGUGUGGGAUAAAUUUACCUGAAGUCCCCAGCUAGAGUCCAGGGGUGAACCGGCAGCACCAUGUACUCCAUAUACAAACAGACGCAGCCUCCCACUGGGAUAGAGCACUGCGUCUACUGCAACUUCUUCUCCACCAAAGAGAAGAACCUGAUCAUAGCUGGCUCCACACAGCUACAUGUGUACAGGCUGAAUGCAGAUAUUGAGGGAACUGGAAAAGGAUCAGAAAAGGUGUCAGACAAUAAACAGAAACGAAUGAAGUUGGAAACUCUUGGCUCUUUUUCUCUGUUCGGGAAUGUCAUGUCCCUGGCCACAGUCAGACUCCCUGGGGCAGUCAGGGACUCCCUGCUGCUUAGUUUUCAGGAUGCCAAGCUGUCUGUGGUGGACUACGAUGCAUCGACACACAGCCUAAAGACAUCAUCACUCCAUUAUUUUGAAGAGGAGGAAUUAAAGCAUGGUUUCCAGCAGCAACAGCAUUAUAUCCCUAUGAUCCGUGUUGAUCCUGAUGGACGCUGUGCUUCUAUGGUGAUCUAUGGAACACACAUUGUCAUUUUGCCCUUUCGCAGAGAGAGUGCUGCAGAGGAUGCUGAUGGGUUAGGGGGAAGUUCAGCUAAGCUCUCCUCCUACAUCAUUGAUGCCUCCAAGCUGGAUGAGAAGAUCUGUAAUAUCAUAGACAUCCAGUUCCUACAUGGCUACUAUGAGCCCACCAUGUUUAUCCUGUAUGAACCUCUCAGGACUUGGACAGGUCGCAUAGCUGUGCGCCAGGACACCUGCUGUAUUGUAGCCAUUUCACUGAACAUGCAGCAGAAGGUCCAUCCUAUCAUUUGGUCCCUUAGCAAUCUCCCAUAUGACUGUUUCCAAGUGCAGGCUGUACCCAAACCCAUAGGUGGAGUUUUAGUAUUUGCUGUGAACUCCUUGUUGUAUUUGAACCAAAGUGUCCCUCCAUAUGGAGUCUCCCUGAACAUUACCACAGAUAUAUGUACAGGAUUUCCACUCAAACCACAAGAAGGCAUGAAGAUCAUGUUGGACUGUAUGCAGACAACAUUCAUUGACUCUGAGCGACUGGUCCUGUCCCUCAAAGGGGGAGAAAUUAAUUUUGAAUUCCAGAUGUGCCAAUGUGAAGAGGGCUACCUUUUUCUUGGUUCAAGAUUGGGAAAUUCUCUGUUACUAAAAUAUACGGAGAAGGCACCAGAUUUUGGUAUACCUGAACCUAAACCACCAGACCGUGAGAAACAGGAUGAUUUAGUUCAGCCUGCGAAAAAGAAACGUCUUGAUACCAUGGGGGACUGGAUGGCGACUGAUGUCUCCGCCAUUGAUGACCUUGAUGACCUUGAGGUGUAUGGCAGCAGUGAGACGCAGGCUGGGACACAGAUUACUUCUUAUACUUUUGAGGUAUGUGACAGUAUCAUGAACAUAGGUCCAUGUGGUCAGAUUGUAAUGGGUGAGCCAGCCUUUCUGUCAGAAGAGUUCAGCAAUUCUCCUGAUCCUGAUGUGGAACUUGUCACAACAUCUGGUUACGGCAAGAAUGGGGCAUUGUCUGUACUUCAGAGGAGCAUACGUCCCCAGGUAGUGACGACCUUUGAACUCCCUGGUUGCUAUGACAUGUGGACAGUCAUUGGCCCACCAGGGGGCAGCAGUGGGGAGAAGACUGAAGACACAGAGGUCAAGGAAGCAGAGGCAACAGAAACUACGGAAACAACAGAAACAGCUGAGGAAGACAAGAAAGAAGAGGAAGUUCACCUUGAGGACCAAGAACACAGCCAUGCAUUCCUUAUACUUAGCAGAGAUGACUCCACAAUGAUCCUGCAGACAGGCCAGGAAAUAAUGGAGUUAGACCACAGUGGCUUCAGUACACAGGCCCCCACUGUCUAUGCAGGGAAUAUGGGAGAAAACAAGUACAUUCUACAGGUCUCACCUAAGGGGGUCAGGCUGCUUGAAGGGGUUAAACAGCUACAGCAUAUUCCAAUCGAUGUUGGCUCGCCUCUGGUCCAGUGUUCUGUGGCUGACCCCUUUGCUGUCAUCAUCAGCGAAGAGGGCCAUGUUAUGUUAUUAAACCUGAGACAGGACAGCUUUGGCAGUGGGGUCAGGCUGGCUGUGAUCAGACCAAAUCUACAGCAGAAGUCCAAGGUGUUAAAGGUGUGUACAUAUAGAGAUAUAAGUGGAAUGUUUGUGACAUCUGCUCAGGAAGAGGAAGAAGAAAGUGCCCCUGUGUCGUCAGAACUUAAGACACCAAAGGCAGAAAGCUCUUUUAGUUUUGACAAAAGCACAAUCGAUGAUGAAGAUGAGCUUCUGUAUGGAGAUACUGAUGCAGCUUUGUUUAGUCCUACUGCCAAAGUGGAAAUUAAGUCAAGUACAAGUGGCGUGGAAGAGGCAAAGAAAAAAGAAAUAAAACCCAGCUAUUGGGCUCUUCUGUACAGGGAGAAUGGGAAUCUGGAGUUUUACAGUCUCCCUGACUUUAAGCAAGUGUUUGUAAUCAAAUCUUUUCCCAUGGGGCACAAGGUACUGGUGGACAGUGCAGUGAUGGCAGAGUCCAUGGUCAGUGAAAAACAAGAGAAGUUUGACAAAGGGGGUGAACUGCCAUCUGUAAAGGAGUUACUGGUUGUUGGUCUAGGGAACAAGUGUUCUAGACCAUAUUUAAUGGCUCGAAUAGAAGAGGAUCUCAUGAUCUAUGAGGUUUUUCCCUACCACCAGGUGUCGCCAGAGGGACACCUCAAGGUGCGAUUUCGUAAGAUCCAGCACGGACUCGUGCUGCGGCCACGGAAACUGAAGAAGAAAAAGGGUCAGGCAGUGGUGGAUGAGGAUGUUAUAAGUGACCGCGUGGCCAGACUACGGAUUUUCACAGAUAUUUCUGGAUACUCUGGGGUAUUUAUAUGUGGCCCUUCUCCUCAUUGGCUGUUUGUGACCCCUCGUGGAGCUCUGAGAAUGCAUCCAAUGAGCAUUGAUGGUUCUGUCACAUGUUUUGCACCAUUCCAUAAUAUAAACUGUCCAAAGGGUUUUCUGUAUUUUAACAGAAAUGAUGAGUUAAGGAUAUCAGUCCUGCCCACCCAUCUGUCCUACGAUGCCCCGUGGCCAGUGAGGAAGGUCCCCCUGAGGGUCACUCCCCACUUCAUCCAGUACCAUGUGGAGAGCAAGACCUACACAGUGGUGACCAGUGCCCCGGAACCCUGCAGCACCAUCCUCAAGAUUAAAGAUGAGGAGAAGGAGUUUGAAACACAGACCAGAGAUGAGCGUUUCAUUCUGCCCAUGGUGGACAAGUUCAGCUUGCAACUGUUCUCUCCUGUCAGCUGGGAGGCCAUACCCAACACCAAGAUUGAGUUAGAAGAUUUUGAACAUGUCACCUGUUUGAAGACGGUGAAUUUAAAGUCUGAGGAGACAGUGAGUGGACUGAAGGGAUAUAUGGCUAUAGGAACCAACUACUGCUAUGGUGAGGAGGUCACCUCCAGAGGAAGGAUGUUGAUGUUUGACAUCAUAGAAGUUGUCCCUGAGCCGGGUCAACCACUGACCAAGAACAAACUGAAGACCAUCUAUGACAAGGAACAGAAAGGUCCGGUCACUGCCAUGUGUAGUGCAGAGGGGCUGCUGGUCACUGCCAUUGGUCAGAAGGUGUUUAUCUGGACCCUCAAGGACAAUGACCUCAGUGGUGUGGCCUUCAUAGACACCCAGAUCUACAUCCAUCAGAUGACCAACAUCAAGGGCUUGAUCCUCAUCUCAGACAUCAUGAAGAGCAUUACUGUGCUCAGGUAUCAGACUGACAUGAAGGUGCUCUCCUUGGUCAGCAGGGAUAUCAAACCACUGGAGGUUUACAGUGCAGAAUUCCUUGUGGACAACACACAGUUAGGAUUUUUAGUAUCUGACCGUGACAAGAACAUGAUCCUGGAAAUGUAUCAGCCAGAAGCGCGUGAAAGUCAUGGAGGACAGCGUCUGCUCAGGAAGGCUGACAUAAACAUAGGGCAUCAUGUCAAUACAAUGUUCAGGAUACGCUGUAAAGUCACUGACCCGUCCACUGACAAGAGGGCGCCACCUGCAAUAGAAAAGAAACAGGUUACAUAUUUUGCCACCCUGGACGGAGGUCUGGGCUACAUGUUACCCAUCACAGAGAAGAUGUACCGUCGUCUGCUCAUGUUACAAAACGCUCUCACUGUUCACAUACCACACUUAGCUGGGCUCAACCCAAAGGCUUUUAGAAAUUUGAAGGUGAACUCUCGUAUGCUGGCUAAUUCCCAGAAGAAUGUUCUGGACGGAGAGUUGAUCUGGAUGUACAUCAACCUUGGGAUCAACGAGCGCCAAGAAAUUGCCAGGAAACUGGGAACAUCUCCAGAACAGAUAUUUGAUGACCUAACAGAAAUUGAAAGGAUAACAGCCCACUUCUGAGAGACUGAAGAGAGACCUAAACAUAAGUGUUGGAAAUAAAGGCUUCCUAGUUUCAGUGGAGGACAACAGAAUAGGAGGAAACAAGGUUAUGCAGCAGGACACUACAGCUAUUCAUCUAGUAACGUGUUGGUGAUGUGCAUUUAUGAGAAAACAAAAACACAUUGAGGAUGUCAGUGCAAGCAGACCUGGAAGCUUUAUACUGCAAAUGUUCAAAUUUGACUGGAUGAAGAGUAAAUCUCUUUUAGAUCAUUAUGAUCUAUGUGGACUGUUUUUUACAUGUGGUUGACUUUCACAUCUGAGAUCCUGUACUCUGACUAGUUUGGUUUGCUGGUAUGAUACUUCCAUCAACAAACUAAAAUAUGUUGAACUGCAUAGGAAGGAAAAACUCAAAAUUGUUGUACCAAUAGUGCAGUGUGGCAAAUUUAAAACAAAAUGCAGGUAUAAACAUGCUAUUUUGUACAUAAACAAGUCUGAGAAUGUUAUUUUCUACAGCACAAGAAAGGAAAAGAAAACAUACAUUUAAAGACAUUUUUAUUCUCUUAGAGAAGUGUGCUUUAGCAUACAACAGAUGAUUACUAGUACAAAAAUAAUAACUAGUGAAACAUUAAAUGCUUAUUCUUUACUUUUUUGCAUUUUAAACUAGAACUGAGAAUUGCUUAAACCUGCAGUACCUAAGUAGGUGUAUUCUACUAUGUGAGAGCCCAUCAGAUUAAAAGCUCUACAUAACACCUAAUAAUGAUAAUAAUAAUAAUAAUCUGCCCCCUCCCCUCGCCCACCUACCAAGCAAGCAAAACAUGGUCCUUUACCCUUGCUCAUAAUAAAGCUGGAUAUCACUAAAAGCUGACUUCAACUGAUAGAUAAAGGUCUGGGUACCGAAAACUAAAUUAAAUAUGAUAACAGUUCCACUUAAGGAUAAAGCUAAGUCAGAGUUACUUCAAGCAAUCUUACCUAAAUGAGGGAACUACUUUUUACUGCAUGUGUAUAACAAACAUGACUUAAUGCAAUACAGUCUUUGGUAACAAGAGAUAUGUGACAAUUUUUUUAUGGUUUAAAUAAGUAUGGUUCUAAUUUUUUUAAUGGUGGACUAGAAAAUGGAAGCAAUUUAAUAUAAUAUGUAUUUUUUAUACAUGGAAGCAAUUUAUCCUCUGACACAGAUUGUACAACUCACAAUAAAAGGCUUUUAAAGUAAAUUACAGUAAGAUUUAAAAUAAUGAGUAUUUCAAGUAAAGUUGCAAUAACAGUUAAAAGAUGGUAAAAAUACUUGGAAAAUCCUGAAGAGCACAUUAAAAGGUCUUUGAGUAUGUUAAAAGAAAAUACACGAGGAAAAAAUGAUAAUCUUAACACCUUAACAUAAAACACACAAAUAUGUUAAAUGUGAAAUAUGUAAAAUACUUUAAAAUUACCAAUAUGAUUGAAGGGGAAAAGACAAUUGAUACACUUGACCCAUAUGUAGUUUGAAAAAAAAAUUGGAAAGAUAUAUCAUUAUAAAUGACAAACUUUUUUAGUGCAUAUCUGUUAGGUUUUUUUUUUUGUUAAGGAAUGUGCAAUGAAAGGUGCAUGUAGGCAGUUUGAUAUAAUGAAGGUAGCAGAAGUGCUGAGGUAAUGACCCUUCUGCUAGGUAAAUAAUACUAGCAGUAUGUUUCUCCAACACAGUGUGUAUGUAUAUAUAUAAAAUAAAAAUAUAGUCAAUGUGAAUCAUGUGAUGACAGAAAAUAAAAACACAUCAAUACUGAAAAAGGUAAAAUAAAUACAAACUGUGAUAGUUUUUAAAGUACACACUAUCUCAGACACCCCCUCAUUCUUAUUUGUGCAACGUUACAUUUCUUCAUGCAAAAAAAAAAAA